GCUGGGACCGUCACCGCCACUCAGCCCAACACAACAAGAGUGUUCAGCGUCUCAACGUUGAGAACACAGUAGCACGUUGCUCGGCGCUGCGGGAAUACUUUAAUAUUAUGCUGAGUAGAACACUUCAGUAUGGACAUAGAUCAGCAUCUAAUGUGGUUUAUAAGUGCCCUCAAGGCAUCUAUUGAUGGGGAAGCAGUUAAUGAUAAAAAACUGCUUAAGAACAUCAAUGAUUGUUUUGUACGAGUAAAGAAAAUUUGCCCAAGUGUUAAUAAAGACCAGUAUGAAGAAUUUUGUGCACGUGCAACACUAAUAAUGCUAUUAUGUAGUCCAAGAAUACGGGACCUUCCAAGGGUUAAAACCAGCACAGAGUUCCAGACUGUUGUUGUAACAUUACCAGUACUUCCAGAAUCUGCCUUUUUCUCCAUUGUAAGGAGUCAGAAAAGCUUUCGUUUCUUGGCUCCAGUUUUGUCUUGGCUUUCACCAGAAGUUAUCCAAGAACUAAUAAAACAGUAUUUUCUUAGUGUUGAGGAAGUAACACCAGUGACACUUGCAAUCACUUUAGAUCUUUUGAAAGUGUUAAUCUUUAGUUUUCAAUGUAAAGGUGACCAAAAACAUAAUAUGAGUGACAUGGAAUGUUUGAAGUUAUUUUUGAAGUUUGUGUCCUCUAAGACUGUUUCAGGUUCGAAAGAGGCUCUAAUUAAAUCAAGUGGUUACUAUUACAUGUAUGUAUGUGAAUACUUGUAUCUAAUGCUGACUGUCUGUGCUGGUCAGUGGUUAAAAGAACCUGAUACUUACAAGUCCUUGCAAGCUUGGAAAAGAUUAUGGGAAACUAAAGUAGAUCAAGCUGGCACACAACAUAGCUUUUUAUUUGUCAAAGAAGUCAGUAAAUCUCUCUUACUUAUAUGUCAGCUAAAUAGUGAGUCUAUAAGUGUGGAUGUGUGGAUGGAUUGGAAUGACAUAAAUUUACCAGCAUCAUUAACAGUCCAUGGUAAUUCUUUAGUUCACAAUGGAAAAGUGCUUCAGAAGAGCAUCCAGUCAGUCAUAUGCAACAUAGCUUUUGAUAUACUAAGGAUCUUUGAUUCAUAUCCAGAAAUCCAUGAGUCCUUGAGCAUGAGUGAGUAUAAAGGCCUCUUGCAGUUUUUCAAGCAAGUGGCUGCGGAUCCUGAUUAUGACCCUGACGAGGAUCUCACCCUGGAUGAGUUAUUGCACGAGAUUCGCUUGAAGGACGAGCGUCAAGCUAAACUCCUCGGCAUAUUAAUCAAGAGAGAUGACAUUUUUACAUCUCAGGAUUGCCAAGGGUGUUUGAAAGAAUUUAGUGCAGUAGUAGAUGGUGUUGCACGGCAAGACAUUUUAUUAAGGUUGAUCCAACAUAACAAAGCAGGGAAACCCUACAGUGCAGAGCUACUAAAUCUUGUCAUGGAUAUGGCAGCUCCUCUUCCUGCAAAACAGUUGUUGGCAAUUAUUGAAGAGCAUCUUUCAUCUGGCCUAAAUGAAACUUUCAUGACGGCUGAUUUCAGCAAUCAACUGACAGAAGUAUUUAAUCAGUUGGCUGGCCAGGAAUCAUUGGUGGCUUCAGAAAGACAUGUUUGGCUGUGUUUGCAGUCUGGAAGAGCAGUAGUGAAGCAAGCUGUAACACUUGCAGUGAGCUUAUCCGGCUUAGUGCCAAUUAUGGUACAGGCUCUGGCAGCCAUUCCACAAGUGUGCCAUGCUCUUUUACCUACAGUUUUGUUAACAUCUCACAACAGCAGAUGGUGGUUGCCUCAGGAAUUGGAUCAUAAACUCAGUGUUUACAUCUCACAAGAGCAGAUGGCAGCAGCCUCACAUAUAAGAAUUGAAGGUGCCGGUGUUCUCACCGCUGUUAUAUAUGCUAAUACUAUCUUCCACAGUGAUGGAUGGCAUCGCCACUUCUUGUGUUUUCAGGAAAUCUUGGCGCUCAAUCCAUCUACUAUAGUUAGAGCUGGCCCAUCACUAGUGAGCCUCAUAAUAACUUUGGUGCAUGUGCUUCAUGCCACAGCAAACUUGCAAAGUCAGAGUGCACUUAGCACACUCUCACUCAGGAUGGAUGCCACCAAGGUUCUCAAUGCUAUUAUGGAUAAUAUUAUGUGCAACUCUGAAAAAUAUGAAAAAGAUAUUUCUUUACUCAAACAAAUGAUAGUGAAAUACAAGUUGCACCCACGCAGCAUAAUACCACUGGCACCAAUCCUCGAAGCUGAAGACUGUCCAGAUACAUGUUGCGAUAUUAUCCUUCACAUGAUGUUGAAGAUGGAUGCUCGAGUGCAGCAGGGAGAGCAGCUCAGCAUUGACACUCUAGAUAAUGACUUCAAGGCCAUUUUUGCCAUUUCAAGAAUUGAGUGGAUAGUUGCACUCUUACAGGUAAACUCUGGAAAUGCAUAUCCCACAUUGCAAGUGUUCCAGAAGGUGUUGUAUCUGGCAUGCACACAGUUGACACUGGGUUCUGUGGUGGAUGAUGACCUGGAGACUUGUGCUGUCUUCCAGGGUGCUCCUGUCUCCAUACAACACUGCUUCAGAUGUUUUGCUCCAGCUGCAAUGGUAUAUGUUGAAGAGCUGCUGCAGCCACUUGCUUGUGAUAAAAGAUUCCAGUCCAUCUGCAGCAUAUUCCGAUGGUGGUGUCGUGUGGUGUCCUUGUUUCAGUGUAACCCUGACUUACCAGCUCUUUUCUUAGCACGCCUUUGUGCCGCAGUGGAGGAGAUGAUUACUUGUAGAAAGUUGAAAAUAUCAAAGAAGAAUGUUAAGCAAACAGAUCCUUGUGAGGAGAAACAGUCCAAUCUCAUUGCUGCUGAGGGAUCUCUGCUCCAAAAUGAUGAUUCUAAGGACAUAGUGGAUAAAGAAAAUCAUGUAGUAAAUGGUAAGGAGAAACUUCAUUCAAGUGAAACUGGAGAUGAGUCACAAGAAAAUGAAGAAAACAGUUUGAAUCUUCAUAGUGAUCUUGAACUACAUAAUGGGUUUCAAGCAGUAAACACUGAGGAGGUAACUGUUGCAAAUGGAAAAAGAGAAAAUUCUGUCCUCUCAACAGAGACUGUUGGUGUUUGUGAGGUGCAGGCUGGAGCAUGUAAUGGUUUUACAGAAGUGUCACCAUACCAGACUCAGGACAACAAUUGUGUUGAAAAUAUAGUCUUUGAUGAUUUAAAGAUAACUAGUUGUAAUAAUGUGAGCUCCAAGAAGAAGAAGAAGAAGAAUAAGAUUGUAAAUAAAGGUGUUAAAAUAAGUUUUGCUGACUUUAAGAGAGAGAUAGAGCAGAUGAUAUUUUCUUUGGUCAAAUAUGUACCGGUAAGUAAUCUAGUGUCUUGUAUUGGUAAUAAAUUAAAAAAGCUUGAUGAAUUGUAAACAAAACAAAAAUUAUUGUAGUUUCUUUAUCUGAUCAUUGUUCUCAUAAACAUUAAUUUAAUUUUGUGUAUUUAUCUUGCUUGAUUAUUUACUUUUAAUUAGGGUGGCAGUUGUAUUCCGAAGGCUUCAUAUUUUAUCCAGUUCUCUGUACUUAUUACAUGCCUCUUGUCUGUUUCCUGCUUUACUUUAUUCUAUCUCUGAACAGUUUAAACUACAAAGGCAUUUUCUAACUAUUUUUCAAUUAACAAGACUUUUUUUUUUUUAUAUACAUGUAUAUACAUUUUGUGUAUUCAAUUGUGUUCAAAGCACACUCCCAGAGAAUCCAUUUCCAGAACUUACACAUUCACCUAGUCCAAUUUAGUAUGGUACAGUAUUCCACAAUUUAUUUUUGUUUCACUGUGCAUUCAUGAGUUGACAAUAAUAACUGUUUAUACAUAAAAAUUAAAAUGGUUCAGAAAAUGAAGACACAGUCUUGUUAUGGGAGUAAAAUAAAUGCCAAGACAUGAGGGAUAACACCUGGUAUAAAAUGUGUAAUUUUGAUUUGGGAUUUAUAUAAGAAACUACAAGUACUCUACAUAAAAGCUUGGAGUGAGUGAGUGAAAUUUGUAUACCAUUGAGAAUCACUAAAGCUCUCUUUCACAUUUCAAUGCACAUUGAUAAAAGACUCUUAUUGCAUUAUUUCUCAUGUGCAAGAAAGGUAUAAAAUACCGACAUUGUGAAAGUUAAGACACGUGUGCUACAUCUGGAUAUCUUUAUUGUAGAUGUUUCGCCAUCCAGUGGCUUUAUCAAUAGCUUUAUCAAUACAGAUUCUAGGACAUAAUUAGAAGACAGUAGAACUAUAUACAGAA